AAACUUGUUUGAAGGUGGGAAGCCACAUCCUGAGACUGCUACGAUAGACUCUGGGGACAUAAACAGUUGCUUGUUCAGACAAAUGCGCAAUCUAAGUUGCAUCUCCACAUUAAGGCUGACAUUUGCUCUGUUCAAAAGCAGCCAUGGCGAUGAUCCAACAACAGGUGAUGACCAACCAGCCCAGUGUGGUGGUGACCUCGGCUUUCGAGCCGGGGAGGGAGAUGUGGUCAUCCAGCUUGUGCAACUGCUGUGACGACAUGGAGAUAUGCUGCCUUGGAUUUUGGUGCCCGUGCGUCCUGCCCUGUAGGGUCAGCGCAGACCACGGCGAGGGUCUGUGUCUCCCCCUGCUGGAGUGUUGGAGCGGCGUAGUGCCAGCCGUGUCCCUGGGCCUCCGGAUCUCCGUGAGAGAGCGCUACCGCAUAAGGGGCUCCAUUUGUGACGACUGCUGUAUCGUCACGUUCUGCGGCAUAUGCUCAUACUGUCAGCUGGCACGGGAACUCAAGGAACGCCGGUGCCGUCACACACAGGUCAUCUCCUCCACCACCGUGCAGGUCAACUCGAAUCCUUCGGCAUAUUACCCUGUCCAAGGCUACGGUCCCCCACAAUAAUAGGCAGGACCCAAGGCUUUAUACUUGAUAAUAAGGUGUGCAAUUGUAUUGCUGUGGAGCUUUUUUGGGAAAUGUUUGCUUAGAGCCGGUGGGGCAUGGUGUGUGUGUGUGCGUGUGUGUGUGUGUGUGUGUGUGUGUGUGUGUGUGUGUGUGUGUGUGUGUGUGUGUGUGUGUGUUUGUACGUGUGUGUGUUCUUUUGAAAGUCUUUGGUUUUGAUGUGUUAAAGUAUAGAGCGUUGCCUGCAUGUAUGAUAAUAAAAGUUUGUCCAAAAAUA